AUGAGCGUUGGGGGGUGUUUGAGUGCGAGUAGUAGUUUUUAUCAUAGGAACAACAAUAGUAUUUAUUAUAGCGUGGGGGAUGCGCAUCAUCAUCAUCAUCAACAUCAACAACAAAACCAACACUUCUUCUCCUCGUCCGCUUCGCGUAAUCGUCACGGCUUGGACGAUUUCGUGGACAGUCUCCCCAAAAAAGGCGAGGAUGGGAAACCGGAUCCUGUCGAACCCAUCGGUCGAGCGUGGGAGGCGAAGGAGUUGAGAAUAAAAUCGAACGAAGAUUUGCACAAACUCUGGUACGUGUUGUUGAAAGAGAGGAACAUGUUGAACACGGAGUCGCAUUUAUCGCGAGCGAGAAACGAGUUGUUUCGACAUCCGACUCGGAUUACGAAAGUGAAGAAAACGAUGAGUCGAAUUAAAUUUGUGCUGACAGAACGAGCGAUGAAAGAGUACGAGGUGGCGAUGGAGCGAGCGAUGCAAGCAGAGGAAGAGGAGACGCGGGCGCAGUUACAAGUCGAGGCGGAAACGAAGCUGAGAGAACGGAAAAGACAGAUUAAUACAGAGUAA